AUGUUUCUCACUUUGAGCCGGGUCAUCCUUGCAAGUCUACCCUCGCGGGUCCUGAACAUUCUGGUUAGUCCAGGAGGAGAUGGAAACCUGCUAAGCCAAGUCGAUGAUACUCUCCUUACCAACGGCAUACACGUAGAGCUCACAUUUUCUUCCUUUGCUCUCAUUUCUAGCCAGCUGUUGAUUUCCGGCUUAGUUCGUUAUCUCCUUGGCCAUGUCGUGCCGACACUUUUGAUCGUGGAGAUUGCUCGAGCCGAUGGGACAAUUUCCGGCCACAACACACGGCCUGAGCUGACCUUCCGGUCCAUCCACAAGGCAAUACAUCGCAUCUAUCUUACGCAGAGCCUUUACGCAUUCUCUCGUGCGAUCGUGAUGGCUGUCUUCUAUCAUGUUGCUCUCUAUGUGAUCGGAGUUUGCUUAGAAAUUGCCAUUUUCAGGCACCAAUUGCUACGACCAUUGUCAUACGCCUGUUCCUCUGUCAUUUUGUCUAAAUUUCGUUUGAUCUGGACCGGUGCUACUAUCUCAGCACAUCGACUUGGAUCUUCUCCUUCGACAGAAGAUGCAAACCAAAGGAAAUGGAUACACUUGGCAGUCCCUAAUUUCAUAUAUGGGCUGUGCAAAGGCUUGAUGUAUGAGGCCCAGGAUCUAAUACAAGCGUCAUUGACUUCUUCUGAGGAUAUCCCACUUUCCGCGAGCAGACGCGCCGGGGGCGAGAUCCUUGCAGUGAUCGUCGUACUUUUAUUUCGUUUUCUGGGACUACUCCCAGCGUUUAUCACUCUCAUAUCGACCGAAGCAAGCCUUUUAUCGGGUAGCUUGGAAACGCUAAUUCCUUCCCCGAUAAAGCAGCGUGGAUCAACAAUAGCAGAGCUGCUUGGACCAGGACGCAAAACUCCUCCUCUUCCUCCGGGACUUGCUACAUUCAGCAGUGCAUUGAAGGCUUUCGGGGUGUCUCAGUUCUUUUGGCUGCUUGAACUUCAUUUGAAAAAGUGUUUCGUCCAGUUAGCAAUCGAGUUGCUCACUCUGCCACUUAUUCUCCUGGUCGUUUCUUAA